AUGGUGAAAUCAAAAUCAAAAGCCAACAGAAAGCCGAAAACAAACUCAGAUGCUGAGAUUGUUGCGGCAAUGGAGUACGUCGAUACGGCGCACUUCCUGCUGAACAACUAUGGGCGCUAUGGAUUGGCCGAACGGGUUUGCUAUCACUUUGAUCUCAUCGAGGCACUGGGGACAUCUAAAACAAAGUCCAAUCAGUCAACAGGUGAUCACGUUCUCAGUUCUGCAUUUUCCGGGGUAACAGGACUGCUGGACUUUUCACCGGUGGGGACUUCCAAUAAGAUGCAGAAACGUCAAAGGCGAGCCAUUCGAAAUCAAACCCAGAAGUUCAAUGAAGAUGCCAAGCGACUCCGGAACACAAGCGAUACUUGUUGCUAUCAGCCAAGACAGUUGCCAUUAAGAGUACACCCAACUUCUAGGGUAUACUUUGCCUACGAAGUGACACGGAUUGCCUUUUGUUUGGAUGCUUCUCCUAGUUUGACAAAUACAUGUGGGGUUUCCGGAGGGUCCAAGGUUGACUGUUGCCCAUUGGACCGCCUUCCUCAGAUGGCCAAAACGUUUUUCACAGCACUAGUAAAGGAAGUGGAAUCUACGCUGAUAACAGAUGGAGGUCACUGGACGCCGGAAGUAGCUGUGUCUGUGAUUGCAGUCUACCCAUUGGGAAAAAAGGUAGAGACUGAUUUGCUGGUGCGUGAUUUUCGAGUGAAGGACUUGCAGUCAGCGGAGAUGCUUGUCAAGAAAAUAGAUCACUGGAUCCAUCACGAGGUCGAGUAUGGUAUAUCCGAACGAAUGUGUCGGGAGAACCCAGCCAGCACAUUUUGUGUUCCAAUGUAUUCGUCGUCCAUGAGAGACAUAUUGGACACAGGGGAUUACGCACUAAGUGUCUUGUCUUCCGAGGCACGACCCUUGAUUGUUGUUGCCACAGACUGUCGAUCUGUAUCCUGUGAAGGAAUUGUCGAUGUCUACCUUGACAUAGAUCGAGUGGAUGUUCCAGUGAUCGUUUUGGACUUGUCGUCUCCGGAGACUCAUGCAAUGGCCGGCAAGAAAGCGUCUAUGAAAAAGAAGGAACUGAACUUUCUAACUUAUGACCCUGCAAAUCCAUCAGCUUUUCCGCUGCAUCUGUCUGAUGAUUCUGAAGCUUUGUUUGGGAUUUGUAGAGCCACAGGCGGAGCUUUUCUGGAUUCGAACAUUCUACAAGACGCUUCGGAACGAAUAGUGGGUGUUGAUACGGAGUUUGGCAGCAUUGCUCCUAACGCAUCUCGGCCAAAAUACAGCAAGAUGAACCGCGUUCAGUGGCUUACACUAUUCUCAUUGUCCCCAUUAUCUCCUACAUAUGCAUCAGGCGCGAGAUUGCCACCGCCGCCUUACUUACAGAAGCACUUGACUUUGAAUCAAGCCGAUGAAAUAGUGGCACAAGAAAUUCAACCUACCAAUGCCGGAAUCACAAGACAUGAAACCCUUGCUGGUCAUCCUUUCAAACUCGGUGACCAAAAGCAACCCACCAGCAAACGAACUUAUGCAAACUCUAGGACUACUUUCUCUACAUAUGUCGUCUACCCAAUCAGAAUCAAAGCUUUGUUACUGGUGAGGAUCAAAGAAGGUUAUCGAGCGAAGCAAUACGGAAGUAGCACAGCCGAUGCAAAUAAGGUUGUUAUUCAAUUCAAGCUCCCACUGCAACUUGGUACAGUCUUGCAUUAUGAGUUAUCUUACACAGCAUCAUCCAGCAAGAAUCCAAUUGUGGGUUCAGCCCAUAUCAAAAUCGUAGUGUCUGGAAAUACGAAGUUUAUUCAGUCAGUGAAGAAUGACUUUCUGCGACAUGGUACAGUGCAAGAAACCAGACCAUUUACAACGGCACAGCGAGCGAGUGCAAGGUUGUGCCAGGUAAUCAGGCGGAUCCGUCUCGAAGACUUGAAAGCGUCAUCUUUAUGUCCUCCACUGCAGUGGUCGAGUCAACUUGGAUCUAUGGAUUCCCCAUUUGUGAAACGGUUGGGUGCAUUGACCGAAGAGCAACGACGACGUCACUUUCAACGUGACGAGUUCGACGUUCUUUUCACAGGGAGGAUGCCAUAUGCAGUGAGCGAUGAUUUUUUCAGUGACUUUAUUGCAACUGAUAAUGGUGAACAAGAGCUAUUCGAUCACCUUGCACAAUGGUCAACGCAAAUUGUAUCCCCUAGAACCCAUUAUGUCAAGCAGCUAUUCAAAAACAAAAGCACCUACUGUGUUGUUGGACUGAAGCCCUCAAUGAUUGCAUCACGAAUUUACUCCUUGACAAUCGAAUACUACGGUGGGAUUGAUCCCAAUGAUAGGUUGGAGACUCUCGAAUCUUUGAAGACCUCUAUUGAUGAUCUGAAGGAUGUAAUGGUCCUGCGUAAACAGCUUGGACCAUAUUUAGCUGGGAUUACCAACACUCGCUUCUGGUAUCUUGGCAAGAUUGAAAUUGAAUUCCAUCACGCUAGAUGGGAGCUCGUGAUCGACCCUGAACUCUUACCAUUGCUUAUGAAAAGACGCUUGGAGAUUGGACAAUUCCUUCUUUUGCACUCGACCCCGACCCGCGCCAUGUUUGGAAAGCUUGCUGAACAAGAGGCCAUCACCGGAGCUGCAGGUGAUUUGGUCCAAUAUCAAAUCGCCAUCAUGACAGAUAGGGUGGUGGUAGACUUGCAUAUGGAAAGUGAGAGUGCUAUAUUUACUCCAUUUCGCCCGUCGCAGAGUAAAGCGAACCGAUUCGACAGUAUGGUCCAAAGGAUCCGACAGCGUGACCAACAAUGUGGUAGAGCUCUCAGAAGCCGGACAAAUCUAUUGAUGGCUCUCCAAUCUCCAGGUUUGGAGCGACAAGAAGAUGUUUCAAUGAGGGAAAGCCAUCGCGAAAGCGCUAAGAGAAUCAUGGCUUACUCCUCCGCAGUGUCGAGUAAACUUCGUUUCUUCCACCAUUCAAUGUAUUUCUCGAACGAUUUGUUGUGCAAGAUGGUUUCAGAUUUCCUCCUUUCGAAGCCACUCGGACUGCGGGUACAGAAAUUGGACAUUGGCACUGAUGAAUUGAUGAUCGACGAAGGGCGGGGGUUAUGGUACGUUGUUCAAUUCGAUAGAGAAACAAUGAGUUUGCUACAUCUCUCGUUGGAUGACAAGGUAGAGGAGACAGAAGAUGGUGUUCAGACAUUUCGUACAUUGACUUUCUUUACAAGCAGUAUCAGUGCUCUUUACAGCAAACGCGACGAUAUGGGCGAUGAUGACUCCAUCGACAGUCACAUUAGCGAAUAUCUUUGUGUCACGGACUUUGCGGAUCACAUCGAAGCGCCCAUCAGCAAGGUAUUCUCAUCAGCAGGCUAUCUUUCAAUGAGAUCUAAGGAUCACCAAUCCAUAGAUUUCUUUCAACCAGUUGACUUGGGAAAGGUUAUGGAACCAUGUGAGUUUGUGGACGUCGCAAGCGUUGUCACAGCAGCAGCAUCGAACUAUAGCUUUGACGAUGAGGCAAGCGUUGUCACAACAAAAGCAUCGAAUCAAAAGGAGGACGAUGGCCUACGGGAAUAUGAUAGGUCCAAACUGUACCAAAUGAUAAGUUCAAUUUUGAGCCCUAUUCCAGGUAACGAAGAAUGCAUGUUCUAUUGCGGAGAAGGCCAGGUUGAAGAUGACCAAGAUCUACGUUCACAUGAUUCUGAAUCGCAAUCCGCUGCCUCUGUGGGCAGCUUAGAUCUUCACGACUCUAGCAACAGUGUUAACAAUGGGGAAGAUGAAUUUGACGAGACUGAAGUACCAAACUUGGACGAUGGUUCAAUAGGAGUUACAAAUGGAAAUAAUGACUCGGUGGCUUUCGAGAAAAGCCUUUUAGCACCCAUAUUCGUGAGGUUUCUUCUUGAUGGCGAAAAUGCGUCUCUUGAGGAUCUUCAUCAAAUUCCCAAAAACACACGGCUCACUGCACAAAUGUCCAUAUUCAAAGGCGAACUGUCGAAACAAGGAAACUCUCAGAACGCUGGUCUUCGACUUCUUCCGAGGUCUCAUCACGGUGCUGCGUUGGAAAUCAGUUCUCUACUGAAGUCUUAUGUCGCGGAACAAACACUUGAGAAUCUUCGGGAACAAGGUGCAUUGAUUUCACUGGAGGGCCUCCAAAUGGUGAAAAAAUGCCUCGAGAGAAUCCAGACAGUGGCAUCUUCAUCGAUCGAUAUUUUCUUCUAUGUAUCGAAGACUGAUCAAAUGGUUCAAGCAUCUGCUCCAGCUGGUAGAGAACUUGAAGUAGAAGAAGGUUUUGUGCUCCUUGAUGCUGAAUUGCGGAAGAGCGAAGAGUUUUCUUUUCGUCCUCUUGUUGGAGGAGGCUUUGUCGUAGUUGGCAGUUCUGGAUUCAUUGACUUUUGGUCCUUCGUGCAAGUUGGCAAAGAAGAUGGUAUUCUCAUUCAAACAUACCAUCCAGGCGGCAGCAAGAGAGCCAACGAGAUGAUGACAAAGAUCCAUGGAUUCAUUGGAGGCUGCAUUCAUCGCGUAAAUCAAACGUUACUCUUAGAAAGGUUGCAUCGAUCUCGAACAGCGAGUGUCUUGAUGAUUCCCAACGAUCAAGACAGCGACUCGAUCUCCAACUUGAUAAUUCCUAACGAUCAAGACAGCGACUCGAUCUCCAACGCGUCGAGUAAUUUGGUGGAGGAAGAGAUUUUCCUGUCAGGUUGCUUUGAAUGCCCCGUAGUAUUCAAAAGCGACUUUGAGUUGUACACGCGAUGCGCUGCAAGUCCUUUCCAAGUAGCUCAAAGGUUGGAAGGUGAUGUACUCCAUAGUUUUGCAGUUUCAAAUCGGCGAAGCUUGUUUGUCUACAAAGAUGAAAGCGACGCCAUCUUUUACAUGCGUCUGAAAGCCGAGGAAGCGAUUGAUGACAACGGCAGUGUUACAUUGCUUGUCUAUGGCGUGAACCCCCCAGGCCCAUCUGUCACGAGGCAGUUAAGAACAUUGCUUCAACGAAGAAUUCUUCUCAUUGGAGUGGAUAUGCUCGCAUCUAUUCUUACAAAGAAUCCUCACUUCUUGUGGAUGCGCACAGACCUUAAAUUUUUGAAUUCAUUUGAAGAAGAUUGGGCAAGUCUUGAAAAAGAAGUUCCCGUCGUUUCGGAUCAAUCGUACAUUUACGAGUUUCCAGCUGGAGCGAAUGACCCUUGUAUGGUUCUCCUGAUGUUCCGACAGAAUAUUUGCGGGUCAUCAUUUUUCCACCGUUUAAACGACUUUGGAUUGAGUUCGACUGGGCAUGUCUCGAUUUCCUCUGUUAUGGACGAGGGGGGUGCAGUACUGAGCUGGAACAGCCAUGGCUUUACGCUGUAUUACAACAACGCUCCAUCAAAACUUGAUCCGUCUUUCCAAGGUGUAAGCACGUUGACAGGAAAAGGAGAAAUGCUUUGUCGUGAAGCAGGUGCGGGAAUUGCGAUGGUCGAAGUAUCAUUGGUUAGAGCUGAUGGCACCCCUGUUGAUGAAACAGUGUUCGCGGUACCGGUUAAUAGGAAUGGCAAUGCUGCAACGACUGAACCAGUUGAAUCUUUGAGGUUUUGCAAACUCGAGGCAAAACGAACGGAUGAAGAAGCGGGUAACAUUUGCGUUCAGAUUCGUAUCACGGGAUCCACGAUCAGGAAGGAAUACCUUCAUCAACUUGUCGCUUUGACGCUUGACCAAGCUCUUCUUGGAUGGUAUCUCGAACAGUUACUCGAAAAAACGGUACAGUUGAAUGUAAGGGAGAGCCUGCUGUCGAGUAAAGCCUGGAACGGCGAUACAAGAGAAACACAGAUGCCCGAGCUUACAAGGCUCACUGAUAUCCUUGAGUGCUGGCAUACACUGCCACAUCCAGCAAUAAAGAAAGUGGAAUGCCAAGGGGUUAUUCGCGCUUCAUCGGUUGCAACCACAACACUCGAGGUACUCGAGAAGGCCGUGCUGCCUCUACUGACGAUCGACAUGUCACCGCCAUUCGGGAAUCAAGUUUCUUCUUUGCGAAUACUGCGCCUAUCAAGAUCAGGUGCACCGAGAAUGGUCAAUUUGGCUUGGGACAAUUCGCGGCGUGAAGCAGUUGUUCUAGAAUCGACUGACUCGCCUGGAAAGGAUGUCAUAAAAGAUUCUCCGAUCGACUGUCCUGAAUACAAAUGCUUCUUCUGGUUGACAGAAGAAGAGCGCAAAAAAAUGGAUCGCAGUCUACAGGUGUAUGAAGGGAUCAUGAUACACGAUGGUAUAAGCGAAAGGAACCCGACCAUAGAGACACUUGAAGAAGUGAAAGGUAGAUUUCCAGGAUCAUUUCAAAGGUCUCUUGCUUUUGUUCUUUCCAUAAAGCGGAAUCGCCGAAGUUUUUGGGCCUACAACUUCAACCCACAUGUUCUCGCGAAUCUUUCAGAACGAUUGAAUGAAUUAGAAAUGAAAUUUCUUCGUGACGUCGGGGAUUCCGUUGGUCUCCUUCAAAAACGCUGCUUACAUUUGCUCGCACCAUCUUUGGGCUUUAACAGACCAAGAGCAAUGAGCAUCAGGCGCCAGGAAGCUGAAACCGCCCAAUUGACACAUCGCGAACGAUCCAACAACUCAGGCAGUGCAGCGAAAAUGGAUCGACCACCGAGAAGCAAGCGGACCCGACGGCAAGUUUCGCUCAUGCGACCAAAGCUGAUCGGAAAAUCUGUUGAAGGAGCUGCAGUUCAUGCGGUCGCAGCCUCUAGGAAGCGUGCAAGUUCCAACCAUCAAUUCAAAAAUGUAGCUGGUAAACGACCACCCGUGCCUAGACUCACGAGGCAGACAUCGAAAAAUGGUGACGUUGGAAGCUCAACGAAAACCGAAGUUGAUGCCCAGACGACUAAGUCGCAUCGAAAGGAUCAAACACAAAUGAGUGAAGAAUUGGUUCGGGUAAGCCAGGACUACUCAAUGAUAUGCAUGGUGAAGAACUUUCAAAUUCAACGGCUCAGCACACUCCAGAGCAAAGCGUUGAUCAAAUUGGCAACGGUAUGGUGGCCCAUCAAGAACAAGGAGACCAUUCCGAAGGAUGUUGGACAAUUCUUGUUUCGGAAGGCCGCAUUUGCGUGGAGUGAUUCGAGACCAUUUCCGCCAAUACCGAAUGGAACAGGCAAAUUUUUCAUUCCGCUGUUUGCAAGGUAUCUUGCAGCUUUGAAUCCUGGAUUGCAGAUCGUCCCAAUCAGGUUGAAUGGAAGUGUCUCGAAGGAAUAUGACUCGAUCUUACUUUCUUCCGAAGUGAAGAAUGUUCGAGGAUGUAAGGCGUUUGUGGCAGUGCUAUUAUCUAGAGUCACGAUUGACGGAAAGGAUAUCAUUCGAUCUGAAGGAGCGGUGAUUAACCUGCCGAGACGUUCCCGGGAGGCACAAUUGAAAAAAGGCGGUGGGACUCUGCGGAGUUCAAUGUUCAUUGAAAAAGAUUCAGCGGGAAUGGCCAAGCUUGGUCAUGAGUUGCAUCAACGUUUGUGCCUCGAUCGCAACCUCUUUGAUUUCAAUGCCUCCAUGAUGGAACGCACUGUGCGGCUCCAAGAAACAACAUUUGAAUUGAAAGACAUUGUUCCCACAAUGCGCCGCAUGAUGUCGAAGUUUUCUUUGGAACGGCAAAAACGCAUCCCUAAACUCAACUACCGAGUGUUUGAAGCGGCCGUCAUUCUUAAGAACUACAACGACAAAUUCAUUAGCAAAUUUAAUGGAGAAGAGUUAUUUCAAAGGCUGUAUGCCGAAGCCGAAGACAUGGAUAUGAUUCGAUGUGAACAAGGGCUUUGUUUCAAGAAGGGUAUUAGUGUCCGUGGUUCUCAUUGCGUCUGUUUCUUGACGUCCAAUGAAACGGAACUGAGUAAAAUGCAACUUGUUUUGCUGUGUCGGACCCAAGGUCGUGAUUUGGCCGAUUUCAUGUUCCGGGAAGGAUCGAAUGUAGCCAUUCGUAUUCUGGACAAUAUCGUCUUGGAAUCUUCGGGGAUGGCCUUCAAAGCACUGCGGACGGCUGCUCGAGAUCUAUUGAAGGAUUCAUUGUGGCGGUUGCUGUCUUCGCCAACACAACUGCAAGAGCCGGCACCAAUAUCUAUGCAAGCGGAAAUUCAAGAACUCUUGGCCCUGACCCAUGCAAGAAGGCUCCGCGAGGUGCAAGAUCGACUACUAGGACACCGCAAAAAUAGCAACAGCAGCAAAUUCAAAAGCAGCUUGAUGAAUCCUUCGGUCUUGUUGGAUGUCAAUUGGGAUUCUCUGUGCGAUGCCAUGCAUCAUGAUCCAGCGUUUGCGCCACAUUGGGUUUUGGACGACGAUUCCUUGAUGUCGUCUCACUGGUCGCAGUCGGGCCUCUUGUCGCCAAUCCAAUCAAGCUUGAAGAUCACCUCGCACCUAUUUUAUCUUUCGUCGGCGGACCUGUUCUUGCUCUUUGGCAUUAACCAUCUGAAGAGGACGAUUGAAAUGGUUAGUCUUGUGGAAAAGGAUGAUUCGGUAGCUCCCGAACGGCGCCAAAUUGCUAUCCAGCAACUCUACAACUUUUUGCUUCACUUCAUGUGGCAAAGUUUGUAG